GUCUACUAAGGAUGGCUCGCAUGUCUGUGUUCAGGUUCUCAGCUGUGGCUCUGCUGCUGCUGGCCGCCUGCUGUUGGGCCGACGAUGAGGAGAGAGACGGGAGAACGGGGCCAACGGGACUGAACGUCGCGACCGAGAGACGCAGCUGCUGGUCCUACGUCGGCCGUCGUGGUGGGAAGCAGGUGGUGUCUCUGGCCCGCAGCGGAUGCCUGUACCACGGCACCGUCCAGCACGAGCUGCUCCACGCUCUGGGCUUCAACCACGAGCAGACCCGCUCCGACAGGGACAACCACAUCAGAGUCAUGCUGCAGAACGUCAUAUCUGGAAUGGAGCACAACUUUAAUAAGAUCGCCACCCUGAACCAGGGAACUCCCUACGACUACGGCUCUGUCAUGCAGUACCACAAGUACGCCUUCUCUAAGAACAACCAGCCCACCAUGGUCCCCAUCCCCAACGCCAACGUGUCCUUCGGCAACGCCAAGGAGAUGAGCCGCAACGACAUCGCCAGGCUCAACACGCUCUACAGCUGCUAAGAAGGCUGCUCAGAUGUCCUGACAGGACGCAGAAGGACCACGAUUGUCUCCUACUGCUCUCUGAACAGCUGCAGGGGCAGAUGUGAACUCAUCUGCCCGUCAGCAAGAUCUGACAAUAAAG